AUGAGCUUUGCGACGCCUGACGGCCUCAAGCCGGCGGUUGGCACCAAGAACGAGCGGCACCACAUCGUCUGCAUCCAGAACGCCGCCUCGCAGGCCACGCUCUACACCAAGGCAUUGGUCGACAAUUGGGCGGACCAGACGCCGCAGCAGGCGCACGCCUUCCUCUCGAAGCCCGACGUCACCGUGACCAACGAGAACGACAAGGAGGGGCAGCUGCCGAAGAUCAAGGCGCUCGACGCGACGGUGCAAGCUGCAUUUGGCGGCAUCGCGCGACGACUGGAGGACGAGCUGACGGCGAGCGAGGCGGCGGCUGCGCGCGCGGAGGCCGAGCUGACCGCGUGGGAGACGGAGAAUGACGCCAAGGCGGGCGCGGGCCACCGCUUGAAGGUGGCGGCGCUGCAGACCGCGAGCGCGGUGGCGGCGGCGCGCAAGGCGAAGCAGGAGCACGCGCGGGCGAUUGCAGUCGGCGUCAUCCGGCUGUCAUGGAGCAGAGGGGCGUCAGCAGAGGUGGACGAGGCGGGGCGCCCCCGGUGCUCCGUAGUGCUUGCCAUGUGCUUGUUGGUCCUGCCGCUCUAUGACGUGCUUGAUGCGGUGGCGGGGCGCCUCCGUCCGGGCAGCGUGAUUGUUCUGGACGAGUAUGUGAUGAACCCGCACUGGGAGGAGGACGAGUACAUGGCCUUUCAGGAGGCGGUCGCAGAGCACGGGUGGGAGUAUCGGCACCUCGGGAUCUCGCUGGUUUCUCAGCAGGCCGUGGUCCAACCGCUCGUGUAG